CCUAGGUAGAACCUGCGGUUCUUCAGCCCAGGACGGGCGGACCCUGUCUCAUCCCGAAAGCAGUUACAGAUGUGAGCAGGCCAAGCACAUCUUGUCAUUAGCAGGCCUUUGAAAUGGAGGAAAAUGUCUUUGAAAUGUCAGUGGAAUAUGAUCAAGCAGUUUGAGCAAGGGUUACAGGACGCUCCACACUGCGCAAACAGCCGAUUUGCCCUUAGAAAUCUCCAGUCCGAUGUUCCAGAGAAACAAUCUGACUUCACCAAGGAGACUCUGGCCUCGCAAAACACAAAAAUGAUUUCAUCCAUCGUCAUUUCACAGCUGAUGGAUGGGAGCAAGUCAAGCGAGAACGGGGCCUCCCUGCCCGUGCCGUGCGCCUACCCGCAGCCCCCGGCCUGCUCCGGGAAGCAAGCCCUGGCUAGUCGCAGCGGGGUCGCCAUCCACCGGGCUCUCGCCUUCCUGCCCGCCACGUUCAGAGUCCAGACACCAUCGGAGGAGCUGGGGCCACCGCCGCCCCAAGGGGAGCCACCCGCCGGUACCCCCCAGAGAGGCUUUUCGUCCAUCACGGUCACGGCCAGGCGUGUGGGCCCCCCCGCCAGCACCCUGGUGUGGGAGGUUGUUGGGGACCCCCUGUGCACCAAGUGCAGGGACAGGGGCGCUGUGCUCAGGGACCCUUCCGCUCCGGCCACCGGCUCCGAUCCUCGGCGGCACCGUGCGCCUUUUCCAUGCACGGAGUUCCCCAGAAGCAGCUCUGGCGUGCAGCUGGCGGUGCCGGAGGCCCACGCGCGCCUGUGUGACGGGCACGGGUACUGGGUCGCCAACGUGGACAGGGAGGACGGCUUUUCUCCCGACGCCCCGCUGGAGGGCAGGGGCCCGCUGGUGUUCAGCUCCUGCGUCCACCUGCGGGUGUCCCAGCAGUGCCCCAACGCCAUCUAUUACCUAGACCGCUCCCUCUCCGCGCCUGCCCAGCAGCCUCAAGCUGCCAGCCCUAAAAUGCACAGGUCGGUCCUGUCGCUCAGCCUCAGCUGCAGUUCACACAGCCCGACACCAGAUGGGGCAGGCGGCCCGGCCAACGCGCCGCCAGGGAGCGGCGCCCCGAGGCAGGAGCCCUGGCCUGGGCAGCAGGAGCCCUGGCCUGGGCAGCAGGACCCCUGGGGCGGGCGCUGGAGCCCAGGUUUGCCAGAAGGUCUCUCGAAGGAAGGCCUAUCGCUGCGGCAGGUGCAUCUGGGCCCGGGCAGCUGCCCGCGGAGUGCCGCGCCUCUGCUGGACGACACAGAGUCCAGAGAUGCCGAGAGGAGCCAGGUCACCCUACGAAGAGGGACGGGUCCCCGUGCCCCCUGGCGCUCCAGAGGUGGCGCCAACCAACUGUCCAUUCACAUCCCCGGCUGGAGCUACAGGAAAGUAGACACCAAAGUAAUUUCUGGAAGCAACGAGAAGCAGCCAGGAGAAGCACGUGUGACUUUGUCUGCCCCAGCGGUGGAGCGGAAGCUGGCUCGAGAUCUCCUCCCCAACGGGCAUAGCUCUCCAAGCAACAGCUGUCAGCUUAGCCCCCGCCCCGAGCCCCCAGAGUGCCAGCAGCAGGGCUUCCGGAAGCCCCGCGCCCCUAGGCCUGGGCUUCUCUGCCCCUUCCCAGAUUCAGGCGCAUCUCCGCAGGAAGACAGUGCCGGGCAGGUAGAAAGGGAGGCGCCCGGAGGGGAUCACACCUGCUGCGACUUGGUGGUGAAAAUAAAGGAAUACAAGGAGAAUGGGGGCCCCUCGGCCCCCAAGCCUGAGCCAGUGUCCCCCGAGCCAGCACCCCCCGACGAACCAGAGACGCCCGGCCCGUCGGAAGACUAUCCCGAGGGCCAGCAGGCGCCCGCCAGCCCGCUGACCCUGCAGGAAGCGCUGGAAGUCCAUAAGCCUCAGUUCAUUUCUCGCUCGCAAGAGCGCCUGAAAAAGCUGGAACACAUGGUCCACCAGCGCAAAGCCCAGCGGCAGGAGAGCCUGGGGCCGGCGCAGAGUCUCCUGCCCGUGCGUGCCAACAAGAAGCAGUUCACCGUGCCCCACCCGCUGAGCGAUAACCUAUUCAAACCCAAAGAAAGGUGCAUUUCAGAGAAGGAGAUGCAAAUGCGAUCUAAAAGAAUCUACAAUAACUUGCCGGAAGUGAAAAAGAAAAAGGAAGAACAGAAGAAAAGGGUGAUCCUGCAGAGCAACAGGCUCCGCGCGGAAGUCUUCAAGAAGCAAUUACUGGACCAGCUCCUGCAGAGGAAGGCGGUGUAGCGAGGCCCCGCGGGCCCCUCCUGGACCGGGAUGCGCCACUCGCCGGAUGAGCCAUUAAACUCAGCUUUCUCUCCUGACGCCCAACAUUACUUUGGAUUUUUUUUCAUAAAAGAAAACAACGUUUCCUGAACUGCUGAGCACAACCUAGCAGGGCAGGGCCCCUGAAACAUGGGGUCAAGGCCACAGCACCUGCUAGACCCGAGUCUGUCCCCGUCUCUUUUGAGUUGCUUUUGCUUUCACCUUUUGCUUCUGAUUUUUCCUGCCAUUUCCACCCAGGCCAAAGGGCCUUUGCCACUCCCGGCGGCUUAGAUCUGUGGUUACUUUUCAGCAAAUGUUCCUUUUUAAAUACCAGUCCCAACCUCUGCUAGAUCUGCCGGCUCCAAAGUCUGGGUCCCACGUAGUGUGUUGGAAAGCACAGGUGCCUGCCACGCCAGGCCAAGGUGGCUUGUUCACCUGGAGACCCUGCGCGCCCUGCCCGGACCCUGUGCCCCAAGUGAUGAGAGCAAUCAUUACCCCACCCCACUCACAUUUUCAAUUAGCAAAAAGAGUCAUUUCCGUGGGAGCUCUAAAAGCAGAAUUGACUGGAAAAAAUGGUAGUCACUGCAGUGUUUUCUGCGAAUACUACCACCACCCCUGGAAAAACACUGCUCAGAAUCGCUGGGAGACGCCAACACUGCCGACGGCUCUUCCGAACGCUGAGGUGUUUGCUAUUUGUGUGUGUGUUAGGAGGGUUAAGAACAAACUUGUCCUUACCAAAAAAUGCAAAUA